UAAGGGGAUAUCGCGGAAGAGUCAAACAUAUUUCAGAAUGCCAGCUCCCUGUGCCAUACUUUCGAGUACAUCUUAUGUGUUCCAGAAAUGUGUGACGUCACAUUUCUGGUAGGAAAAGACAAAACACCCGUUUAUGGAUUGAAAUCUGUUAUAGCAGCAAGAAGCAGUGUUCUUUGCGACUUAAUUCUCAAUCGCCAGCGACAAUACUACACUGGGAAAUCAUCUUCUAGUCGUGCCAGCAAAAUGUGGAAAUUUUUGCGGUUUGACAAAAAGAAGAAACCCGCCAAGGCGAAGAUAGGGCGUAUGAGCACAUCGACAAAACUUGAGAUUCCUGUCAGCCAUUUUGAUGAGAACGUCUUCAGAAAACUCGUCUUCUUUCUUCAUCUCGGUCACGUGACUGUCACCCAGGACACUUUGAUAGGUUUGUUGUGUGCAGCUUCCGAGUUUAAGGUCGCUGAUCUGAGUAGAGCAUGCUGGGAAUUCCUAGACCGAUCACUGUCUCUUGGUCACCUCACUGGAAUUGUUCAACCAGCGGAGCAAUACAGAAAACACCCAGCAUACCAGUCUAUAACUGAGAAGGUCCAAUCGUCUGAAAGAUCUCAAAAGAGCACGUGAAUGAAAGAAGAAAACAUGAUCAUUGUGAUUAAUUAGAAAAAUAAGAAAAUACUCACUGGAGCAGAACAGAUUGUUGAUUCUGGUUUGACUGUCACCAACAGGUAUUCAACUGUCGAAUGUCCGAGAAUUCCAGUGGACUGUCGCAAUAUUUGUGAGAUGUUAAGAGUUAUCUGUUUAAAAACGGUUUGCUAAUAUAAUCUAUCAUACAGGUAAAAAUAACAACCCCGGUUUAGUGCUAUUGUUAUUGUGUUGUUGAAAAUGUAAAAUAAAAUGCUAUUAUAUCUGAAUAAAUAUUUUAAGCUGUAAUUUUGGCUUUUGUGGUUUAUGUCCUAUCUGUGGGAAAAUGCGUAUACAAAUCAAUUGCUAUUAAUAAAACAAAAAUGUAGUGUCGUUUCUCUGAAAACAAUGUCAGAAUGAUCAAAUGUCUGACAUCCAGUAGCGCGGUGUGAAGUGACAAUCCUCAUAAUACAUUGGUUCAGACGGAAAAUGACGAAAUGGACUGACAGAUGGUUCAAAUGUGGUUGCAUAGCCUAUCACAUGGUAUAGUCCCUAAACAGGUCCCACUUUCUGUCUGGCAGUAUCAGGAAGAUACACCCCACGCUUUCCCCUGUCAUUGUGCUCAAUAAGCGGGAAAUGCCGUAUUUGAACACCUUACAUUCAAUAUUGUCCAAAGGGAGCAUACUCUCGAACCCCCUUGAAGCCCUAAUAGAUCUGGCCUCGGUGGUGUCAUAGUUAAGCCAUCGGACAUAAGGCUGGUAGGUACAGGGUUCAC